AUGUACUCCAAGCAACUCCAAACGGCGGCGCCGGGUAUCCUACUGGUUGAAGAAGCCGGCGAGAUUCUCGAGAGUCACAUCUUGACGGCAAUGACCCCGAGCACGAAACAGCUUAUCCUGAUCGGUGACCACAAACAGCUUCGACCAAAGGUGACAAACUAUAAUCUCACCGUCGAGAAGGGCGAUGGAUAUGAUCUCAAUCGUUCCAUGUUUGAGCGACUUGCCUUGUCAGGCUUUCCUCACACAGUCUUACAAAGGCAACAUCGAAUGUGCCCCGAGAUUUCCAGCUUUGUUCGGGCUCUAACAUAUCCUGACCUUCUUGAUGCAGACUCUACUACUUCUCGUGAGCCUCUUCGCGGUAUUCGAAAUCGUGUGAUUUUCAUCAAGCAUGAGAAACAAGAGCUUGCAUCGAUGAUGGCGGAUCGAAGGGAUCAGGGCGCCACUGUCAGCAAACAGAACGAGUUCGAGGCUCAUCUGACGUUGAGUGUGGUCAAGUAUCUCGCACAACAGGGCUACGGCGCGUCCGAUCAAGUGGUUCUUACGCCAUAUCUAGGACAAUUGAAUCUCCUGCGCGGGGAACUUGCCAAAGAUAACGAUCCUGUUCUGAACGACUUGGAUGCCUUCGAUCUCGUCAAAGCUGGCGUGAUGUCUACCGCAAAUGCUGCCCAGAACAAGCGGCAGAUUCAUUUGUCCACCAUUGGUAAGAAGAGUCCUGAUAGUGAACAGACGGGUGCUCAUAUGUUACAGACAAUUAUCAAGGCGAGGAGAGCGAUAUAGUCAUUGUCAAUCUCACUCGAUCCAACCCCGACGGAGAUAUCGGCUUCAUGGCAUCCCCGGAGCGACUGAAUGUCAUGCUUUCUAGAGCCCGAAAAGCAUUGAUCAUCAUCGGUAACCCAGUGACAUUCACUAGCAGCCGCAAGGGAGGAGAAUUGUGGAACAGUUUCUUUGGCUUGCUCGCUGAAUCAAACAGCAUCUUCGACGGUCUACCCGUCCGUUGCGAGCGGCACCAAGACCGCGAAAUGGUCUUGUCUCAGCCUUCUGACUUCGAACUGUAUUGUCCCGAUGGAGGUUGUUCUGCACCGUGGUAAGUUUCAGAUUUCGUCUAAAAGCCACAGAUACAUUGCGGGACCUCACUCACUGUAAAAUCUUCUCCGAGGGAAAGACAAAGCUGACUGGUGCUGAUAGUGGAGCUCAAUUAGCCUGUGGAGUUCAUACAUGUCCACAGAAAUGUCAUCGGCGCACAGAUCACUCGAAAAUGAAGUGCCCUGAGCUAGUUCGAGAUAAGUGUCCCAAGGGGCAUAUACUUACGAGGAAAUGCUCUGAUGGACAUCCUGCUUCUUGCCAUAUCUGCGAUGCUGAAAUCCGCGUCAAAGCCGAGCGUCAAGCAAGAGAUCUCAAACUGGAGCAAGCUCGACAAGAGAAGCAGCGCAUGUAUAGCCAGCAAUUGGCGGAACUGCAAGAUGAGAUUGAUCACCACCGGGGUUUGGCAAGAGAGAAAAGAGAGCGAGAAGAUCAGGAGCAUCAAAUCAAUCAGCACCGCAAAGACUUGGAAGCCGCAAAGGUUCAGGCAGCCAAGCGUGAGGCUGCUAGCCGUGCUGCUGCGACUUCAAGACGAGACAGCGCACAGGCAGCCACAACGUCUCAGAACGACAACUUGCAAGCCAAGGCUGGUGUAACUCAGCAGACUGGUGAUAUGGAGGGGGAGCACUCGCCUCUGCCAGAAUCCGAUGCUCGUGAUGACUGGGAGGCUCAGAAGGCCUCUGAGGGCUGUCAGAACGAAGCAUUAGACAAGCUCAUGGAGAUGAUUGGGCUCGAAGGCGUCAAAGAACAGUUUCUUGAAAUCAAGUCGAAGAUCGAUCUUGCAAUCCGUCAAGACCUGGAUAUUGGCACAGAGCGUUUCGGUGCCGCCUUGCUUGGGAAUCCUGGAACAGGUAAGCUCUUCACUCCAAGGCCAGAGAGGCAAAAGUCAGCCCGCUGACCUAAGACAGGCAAGACAACGGUCGCAAGACUGUAUGCCAAGUUCUUGACUUCUGUUGGUGCAUUGCCUGGUGAUCAUUUUGCCGAGACUACAGGCGCCAAACUUGCCAACGACGGCGUCAAGGGCUGCGAAAAAUUACUAGAAACCAUCAAGAAUGCGGGGGGAGGCGCGUUGUUCAUCGACGAGGCCUAUCAGCUAACGUCUGGUGCUCAUUUUGGUGGACCCGCUGUUCUAGAUUUCUUGCUUGCCGAAGUCGAAAACCUGACGGGAAAAGUUGUCUUCAUCUUGGCUGGAUAUAACAAGCACAUGGAGAAGCUCUUUGCGCAGUGAGUGACAGCGUCUUUGACUUGCUGUGAACACCGCUAAUGACAAUAGCAAUCCUGGACUGCCAAGUCGAUUCCCAAGAGAAUUCCAGUUUGCUGACUAUCAGGACCACGAGCUUCUAGAGAUCCUGCAAUUCAAUAUAUCCAAAAGAUAUGAGGGUCGUAUGAAGGUGGAAGAUGGGCUACGAGGACUAUACGCUCGUAUCUUGGUAAAACGACUUGGCCGAGGACGCGGCAAAGAAGGCUUUGGGAACGCUCGAGCAGUGGAGAAUGCGGUUGCAAAAGUGGCCUCUCGUCAGGCGAAACGUGUCCGAAAACAGCGCAAAGCUCGAAAGUCUCCAGACGAUAUGCUCUUUACGAAGGAGGACUUAAUUGGACCUGAGCCCACUGAUGUGCUCUCAAAGGACCCUUCCUGGAUUAAACUCCAGAAGAUGAUUGGCUUGAGUUCUGUCAAGGAAUCUGUGAAGGCGCUACUGGACAGCUUGCAAUUCAACUAUCAGCGCGAACUAAACGAGGAGCCGAUCGUUGAUUUCAGCCUCAACAAGGUCUUUCUUGGGUCUCCUGGAACGGGCAAGACGACAGUUGCAAAGCUUUAUGGUCAGAUCUUAGCCGACAUUGGCAUGCUCUCCAGUGGUGAAGGUAAGUUUCGUAGAAUGUUGCAAACCAUGGAAUUGGCUGAUGAUGUCGUACAGUCGUCGUCAAGAAACCCGCGGACUUCGUUGGAGGUGUCCUUGGUGCAUCGGAAGCGAAUACCAAAGGCAUCCUCGACGCGGCAAUCGGUAAAGUACUAGUCCUCGAUGAGGCCUACGGGCUAUACGGAGGUGCCCAGAAUACCGGUUCCGAUCCAUACCGAACCGCAGUCGUCGAUACUAUCGUCGCCGAGGUGCAGAAUGUUCCCGGCGAUGACCGAUGCGUCCUACUCCUUGGCUACAAAGAGCAGAUGGAAGAGAUGAUGCAGAACUCUAACCCUGGCUUGGCACGUCGGUUUCCAAUCGACUCAGGCUUUCACUUCCAGGAUUUCACGGACGACGAGAUGGCCCUCAUCCUGGAUAUGAAGCUCAAGGAACAACAUUUCAGCGUCACAGAUGCAGCAAGAACAGCGGCUUUGGAAGUGCUGCGCAGGGCUCGCAAUCGUCCUCAUUUUGGCAAUGCAGGAGAGGUCGACAUUCUCCUCAACGAUGCAAAGAUGCGGCAACAGAAGCGUAUUUCUAAAGAUACCUCGGCACCAAGAGCCAUAUUCGAGGCGCGAGACUUCGAUCCUGAUUUCGACAGGGGCGAACGCGCGGUGACCAACAUUGGAAUCCUGUUCCGUGACACAGUUGGCUGUGAAAGUGUCGUGGCCCAGCUCCAGAGCUAUCAGACCACUGUCGCGAACAUGAAGAAGAUGGAUAUGGACCCUCGAGAGCAAAUACCGUUUGCGUUCCUCUUCCGCGGUCCGCCUGGGACCGGCAAGACCACAACUGCGAAGCGCAUGGGCAAAGUAUACUACGACAUGGGCUUCUUAGCCUCAGCAGAGGUUGUCAGCUGCUCGGCAUCAGAUCUAAUCGGCGAGUACGUUGGUCAGACUGGGCCCAAGACGAGAAAACUUCUUGAGUCCGCUUUGGGCAAGGUGCUCUUUAUAGAUGAAGCGUAUCGCUUAGGCGCCGGUCACUUUGCCCAGGAAGCCAUGGACGAAUUGGUGGACUGCAUGACGAAAGACCAGUUUUUCCGCAGACUGAUCAUCAUCUUGGCGGGCUACGACGCUGACAUCAACCGUUUGAUGUCAAUGAAUCCCGGUUUGACUUCACGGUUUCCCGAGGCCAUGGUCUUCACUCCUCUGAAACCAAACGAGUGCUUCGAUCUGCUGCAAAAGGAACUCCGCAAGAAGAAAUGUCUCGAUACCUCUAUUCUGGACGAGCCGCAAGCCAGCUUCCGAACGCAUAUCAUGGAAAAGUUCGAACUCCUCGCAAAACUUGACAAUUUCGCCAAUGCGAGAGAUGUCCAGACUUUGGCAAAGGAUAUCUUCGGCUCUCUCGUAAAGAACUCUAUGGCCAGCAAAGGUCAACAACUCUACGUCGGUGAAAAGCACGUCAUGGAAGCAAUGGAGCGCAUGAUCGAUGAGAGAUUGAAGCGUUCUUUAGACGCUGUCAAUGCGGUUUCAAGGGACCAAGAAAUGACCAACUGCGCAGACCCGCCGGCGCGGCACCGGAAACAGCAGAAUCAGAGUACCUCGAUAUCACAAGGAACUGCAACCGCAACGGAGGCGAAAAUAGAGCAAACGAGUUCCCAACAGGAAGAUACAGAGGAUGCUUCCGAAAGCCAGGGAGGCGACAGUGGUGGCUCUGACAAGCCCACUAUGGAAGCCCAGCGAGACGCCGGUGUCAGCGAUGCCAUUUGGAAUCAACUCCAACUCGACAAAGCGAGGGAAGAAGAAGCUGAGCGGGAGUUCCAGCGUUUGCAAGACGAAGAAAGAAAGCUGAAAGAGUGGUUAAAGGCUUGCGCGGAUGCGAAGCGGCGGAAGGAAUUGGAAGAACUGGAAAGAGAGAGGAAAGCUUUGGAGGAGGAGCAACGACGGCUUGAAGAACAGGGUAAGGAAUUGGAAGAGGUGGAAAGAAAGAGAAAGGCUUUGGAGGAGCAACGACGACGAGAAGCAAAAGUGGAAAGAGAGAGAAAAGCUUUGGAGGAGCAACGAGGACUAGAAGCAAAGAGGAAGGAAUUCGAAGAACUGGAAAGAAAGAGAGAAGCUUUGGAGGAGCAACGAGCACGAGAAGCAGAGGUGAAGGAACGGUUGAUGAGGAUGGGUCGUUGUCCUGUGGGGUAUGGAUGGAUCAAGCAGCAGGAAGGAUACAGGUGUGCGGGCGGAUCACAUUAUUUGCCUGAUGCACAAGUUAAUGCUAUGCUUCAAUGA